UGUCGGCGCCCAGAGGGAGGUAGAAAGCCCUAAGCCACCCUGGACCUGCCACCAUGGAUGAGUCCUCGCUGCCUAUGGUUCCAGCCCCUAUUGCUGCUCCAGGGCCAGCACCAUCGGCCGCUGCCCCUCGGGUGCCCUUUCACUGCAGCGAAUGUGGCAAGAGCUUCCGUUACCGAUCGGACCUGCGGCGUCACUUUGCUCGGCAUACAGCGCUCAAGCCCCAUGCAUGUCCUCGCUGUGGCAAGGGCUUCAAGCAUAGCUUCAACCUAGCUAACCACCUGCGCUCACACACCGGAGAGCGGCCCUAUCGAUGCUCUGCCUGCCCUAAGGGAUUCCGAGACUCCACUGGCCUGCUGCACCACCAGGUCGUCCACACUGGCGAGAAGCCGUACUGCUAUUUGGUCUGCGAGCUCCCGUACUGCUGUUUGGUCUGCGAGCUCCGCUUCUCCUCUCGCUCCAGCCUGGGCCGCCACCUCAAGCGACAGCACCGGGGCGUCCUUCCGUCUCCCCUGCAGCCGAGCCCAGGCCUGCCUCCCCUGAACUCCCCCUGCUCAGUGUGUUGCAACGUGGGUCCCUGUACGGUUUGUGGAGGUGGAGGGGCUGGCGGAGGAGAGGGCUUGGAGGGAGCAGGAGCAACCAGCUGGGGACUAGCAGAGGCGGCAGCUGCCGCAGCUGCCUAGUUGCCCCCGUUUGCAUGUGGCGCCUGUGCCCGUCGCUUUGACCAUGGCCGGGAGCUAGCUGCCCACUGGGCCGCGCACACUGAUGUGAAGCCAUUCAAGUGCCCACGCUGCGAGCGCGACUUCAACGCGCCCGCGCUGCUGGAACGCCAUAAGCUUACUCACGACCUGCAGGGGAGCAAUGCACCCCCAACGCAGGUCUGGUCCUCGGGUGGGGGUCCAGAGGUGGCAGGAGAUGGCGAUGCAGUGGAGGUAGGGGAUGCCCCGCCGACCUGGGACGCCAGGCUACUUCUAAGCCCCACCGGGGCAGGCAUCCCCAAGCUGGAGGCACUGCUCCCUGAGGGUGAGGGUGCAGAGAAUGCUCAGGCUCCAGCUGCAGCAGCCGAGGCAUCCUCGGAAGACACACUGUACCAGUGCGACUGCGGGACCUUCUUUGCGUCUGCCCCAGCCUUGGCUAGUCACCUAGAAGCCCACUCGGGCCCAGCCACCUAUGGCUGCGGCCACUGCGGGGCAUUGUACGCAGCGCUGGCCGCUCUAGAGGAGCAUCGGCGUGCCAGCCACGGUGAGGGCAGUGGGGAGGUGGCCCCUGAUGGUGACGGCGAGCAGGCGUCUGGAGGGCCGGGGCCCGGCUCCUCCAGCCGUGGCAAGAAAAUCUUUGGCUGUUCAGAAUGCGAGAAGUUGUUCCGUUCACCUCGCGACCUGGAACGGCAUGUUCUGGUCCACACAGGGGAGAAGCCGUUCCCGUGCCUAGAGUGUGGCAAGUUCUUCCGCCACGAGUGCUACCUCAAGCGCCACCGACUGCUGCAUGGCACAGAGCGGCCCUUUCCCUGCCACAUCUGUGGCAAGGGCUUCAUCACACUCAGCAAUCUCUCUAGGCACCUGAAGCUGCACAGGGGCAUGGACUGAAUAGCCAGGCCAUCCCGACCUCUACAAGUCCAGAGCCAGACCAUAAUAAGAUGAGGCCCUUGCCUGGAAAAAUGGUGCCACCCAGAACCCACACAGGACCACAGUGAAGCAUCCUUCAGCAAAGGGGUCCAAGGACAUAAUUGUUGGGGACUGAAAUCUACAGAGGGACUCUUGACUUUGAGACCCCUGGAAUGUGGACAUGCUCGGAUCAACUGGCCUCCGCCACUGAGACCUGAGAAUGAAAAACGGGUCUCCACUAACACCUCUCGGCAGUUCACAUGUGGGUACCCUCACGGUCCUACCACCCUGAGAGCCAUCAUUCCCAACGACCUUUAUCUGGGGGAUGGGGGCAACAUCUUGGAAUCUUCAGGAUCCCCUCCAGAUAACACCCACCAGCCACUCACUGGUAGCCCCAGAAAAUGAGUAUAGCCAGAAUCUGCCUUUCCCCGUUUUGCUUCCUAUGCUGAAAGAGGACCAGGGUAGAUGCCCCCACCUUCAGUUAACCUCCUCAGAUUAGGUCUCCCUUCCUGCAGAAUGGUCUGACCCUACUCAUCGCCCCCCAUCCUGAACACUAGCUUAGACUGGCCCAAAGUCUCCCUGCCCUGUAGGUUGGAUUGACUCAGAUACACAUACUCCUGUGCACUUGCAAUGGGCUGGUGCAGGCUGUGGCCUGACUCCACUCUCCUUAGAGUAAUAGGGCAGACAUUUCCUUACGCUGUAGAGCACAGUCCUACAGGUCGUCCCAAUCCUGUGACCUGGUGGAGGUGGUAGACAUUGGAGUUUCCCUCCUCCUCAACUGUAGUACCUGUCAGUCUUUCCAUCACUACCACCUUGUCUCUGUGUUCUGACCCCAAGAUGAAAGGGGGACUUGGCUAGGGGUUUCUCCCCCGUGAGC